AUGGUGGACAAGAAACCGGAGAAAAAGCAGGAAUGCGUUCAAGUGGUUGUGCGAUGUCGGCCCUUCAGCACGAAAGAGAAGAACGAGAACCGUGGCGGCAUCAUAGGAAUGGAGACUGCGCUGUUCCAGAUUUCCAUCAGGAAUCCCUCCAAGGCAGAUCACCCGCCGAAAAACUUUACCUUCGACGCGGUGUAUGACGAGACCACCCAGCAGAAGGCCUUUUACGAAGAGUCGUGUUACGAUCUUGUGGAAGGAGUUAUGGAGGGCUAUAAUGGCACCAUCUUUGCCUACGGCCAGACUGGAUGCGGAAAGACGCACACGAUGCAGGGCUACAAUAAUCCACCGGAGCUGCGAGGGGUCAUUCCCCACUCUUUUGACCACAUCUUCGAGAACAUCAAGGGUAGCGUCAACACCGCCUUCCUUAUCCGCUGCUGCUACUUAGAGAUCUACAACGAAGAGGUGCGGGAUCUUCUCGCGGUAAGCGGCGCCGGAGAGAAAAGGGACAAGCUAGAGCUCAAGGAAGAUCCCAACAAGGGCGUCUACGUCAAGGGCCUAACUCAGGCAGUCGUGAGCAGCCAGGAGGGCAUCAACUGCCUCAUGGACCAGGGGCAGAAGAUGCGCACGGUGGGCGCGACGGCGAUGAACGAAACCUCUUCGCGGUCACACUCGAUCUUUACCAUCGUCGUGGAGAUCAACGACGUAGACGAGGCUGGCAAGGACCACAUCCGAGUGGGGAAGCUUAACCUGGUGGACCUUGCGGGGUCUGAGCGCGCGAGCAAGACCGGGGCCUCAGGGAACCGCUUGAAGGAAGGGUGCAAGAUCAACCUCUCGCUUUCCGCCCUCGGGAACGUGAUCUCGGCGCUGGUGGACGGCAACGGGAAGCACAUUCCGUACAGAGAUUCGAAGCUCACGAGGCUGCUGCAGGACAGCCUGGGCGGCAACACCAAGACCCUCAUGGUGGCCGCCAUCUCUCCGGCUGACUACAACUACGAGGAAACGCUGUCCACCUUAAGAUACGCCAACCGGGCAAAGAACAUCAAGAACAAGCCCAAAAUCAACGAAGAUCCCAAGGAUGCCAUGCUGCGACAAUACAAGGAGGAAAUCGAGGCGUUAAAGCAGCAACUAGCGGCUUCCCUUGGAGCGGCAGAUUCCUCGAGCAGCGGCGGCGGCGGCGACCAAAGAAUGCCCCCCUCGCCCUCGUCAGGAGGGGCAACCGCAGAGGCAGCACCUUCUGCAGCGGACCCGCGCGCACCCUCACGCGAACCUCCACCGACGUCUUCAUCUCCUUCUGCGGCUGCGGCAGAGGCAAGAAUCGAGCACAACCCUCAACAGCACGAUAUCGAAGAAGAGGGUGGCAACGACGGCGACGGUACGGCGGAACCCGCCGCGAUAGCCGCGACAACCGCGACAGCACCAACGGUGGCCGCGGGUCCGGAGCGAGAAGACCGCACUGCUACCGGAGGCGUCGCGAGCGAACUUUCGGUGGUGGCUGCGGCAGCGACCGGCGGCGGGGAAGGGGUAGAAAGGGGGCAAGCGGGCGGGGAAGAAGAAGCCCGCGAUGAACUAGAGUCGGGAGAGACCAAGGUGGCGAGUAUCUCACAGGUCCCCCCUGAUGUGGUCGUCCAAGAAAAGAUCGUCGAGAGGGUGGUCGUCGAGGAAAAGGUGGUUGUGCAGGAGGUUGAGGUCGAGGUGGAAUCGCAGAAGAUGGCGGAACACAGGCAAGCUUUGGAGAACUACAGCAGAGCGGUGGAGGAGCAGCGCAAUCGCCUAGGGCAGGAGCUCGAGACAUCUGUUAUCCGGGCGGAUGUGGAAAAGCAGGCCAGGGAGGAGAUGGCACGGAAGCUCGAUGCCCUGCAGACCAAGGUGAUUGGCUUGUCCUCAUCCUCCAGCCAGGAUCGCCGCCGUGCCAGGAGAGCCUCGGUAGCGACGAGGACAACAAGCAGCCGAGGCGGUGGCGAUGAAAAGGGGGGCAGCGGCAACGGCGCAGAUUCCUUCGGAUCUCCGACGGAGGCGGAGACCGAAGACCCUGAAGUCAUCAUCGCUCGCAGAAAUGCGGAGCAUCGACGAAUGCAGGCCAAGCUCAGGCAAAAACGUAGGAAAGAAACUCGGCUGGAGCUGGAGCGGGUGCGAGCCCUGGAGGAGAAAGCGGAGGUCGAGAAGGAAAUGGCCGACGUCGUGGGACAGGCGGAGGAGAAAGAGCGUAGGCUGAACAAGUCACGCAAGAAGCUGGAGAGAAAGCUGGUGGAGGCCCGCGAGGAGAUCGAAGACCUCGCGAUGGAGCAUGAGACGGAGAGGGAGGAGCUCCUCGACUCCAUUCGGAACCAGAACAGGGAGCUGCAGCUAUGGGAACAGGUAGCCCGGCAAAUCCUGUCGUCCAAAGAGAUAGCCCGCAUUUGGGAGAGGGGGGAGUACAAUGAGGAUGACCAGACCUGGAUACUGCCGCACAUCAAGCCUCGAGGGAGCUACGUCGGAGACCCUUGCAAGCUCCCACUCUUGGCCCCACCGGGCGCCUUACAUGGCGACGGAGGUGGAGGGUUCGAUGGAGACACAAACAGUCCGGCCAGCGGCCGGAUGAGUAGCGCAAAGAAAGAUAGGAGGAGGGGUGGGGGGAGAAGUGAGGCCGGCGAUACCAGGGCAAGCAUAAGCGGAGGAGGUCAACUGGAGGGCAGCGGGAGCAGGGGUAGGAUCGGGAGCCGGGCAUCAGUGUCGGGUAAGGGUGGGGGAGGGGGCGAGCGAGGCGGCAGCGGUAUCCGAAGGGCGAGCAUCACCGGUCGCGGGGCCAACGAGGACCGACCCCCGCGAAGGGCGGGGGGGGAGGAAGCUGCCCCGAAGGAAGGGGGCGGUGGCGUCUUCAACGAAGCCGACAGACCUUGGGAGUCGUUUGCCGGGAGGGAAAGUGGCGCGCCGAGAAGCAAAGCUGGCGCGAGUCCCGCGUCCGCCAUUCUUUGGGAUAGUGGUGAUUCGCCGGCGGACGACCACUACAGAGGGUUGACGCCCCCGAUCAGUCCGUCACCGGUACAGACUCAGUUCGAAGAUUAUUCUGACAUCCAGAUUGUUGCAUUCGGCACCAUGUUUUUUUUGGCACAUUCGCCGUUCCCGUGA